UCGAAGUUUUCCCAUCUCCAGCAGGCUAUGCAAAAUAGGCGAAGGGCCCAAAAAGUGAUUAAAACAAUGACAAAAAUGGCCCUGCGCUAAGGUGUUGACCGUACACCUGCCUGCCCAACGAGGAGAAGAAGCUAUCGGACAGCGACAGCGACCAGUUUUCGUCAAUUUCGCCUCGCGGAGUCAGUGAAUCACUUGCAGAUAAAGAGCUCUCUGACGGAUCGUGUUUCGUUCGUAUCUUUGGAAGAGGGAGAGGAGGGGCAGCCACAAUAGCAGCGUCACCCAGCGUUCCAAAAAGCAAUCCCCUCCAGCUGCUGGAGGUCACACCCACGCAAGAAGACCCUCGUGUCAUCCUCGAUUCGAUAGGCCACAUAAAUAGCAUGGGCAACGACGACCACCGACGGAGGAAGACACCCUGCGGCUUCUGCAUGUCGGUUUUCAAAUGGAUCCCGGUGCUGUUCAUCACUGCGGUGAUAGCCUGGUCCUACUACGCCUACGUGGUGGAGCUGUGCAUCCGCAACUCUGAGAAUGGAAUUGGCAUGGUCUUUAUGCUGCUUUUCUACCACAUUUCCCUGACCCUGUUUAUGUGGUCCUACUGGCGGACUAUCAUGACCUCCGUGGGCCAAAUUCCCGAGCAGUGGCGGAUUCCGGACGAGGAAGUGACGCGACUCUUUAGGGCCGAUAGCCCCGAGACCCAGAAACGCAUUCUUAAUAACUUUGCACGCAAUCUGCCAGUCACAAAUCGCACCAUGAACGGUUCCGUGCGGUUCUGUGAGAAAUGCAAAAUCGUCAAGCCUGACCGGGCCCAUCACUGCAGCGUCUGCAGCUGUUGUGUGCUCAAGAUGGACCACCACUGCCCCUGGGUUAACAAUUGCGUAAACUUUUACAAUUACAAGUUCUUUGUGCUUUUCCUGGGCUAUGCCCUCGUCUACUGCCUGUACGUGGCCUUCACCACGCUGCACGACUUUGUGCAGUUCUGGAAGGUAGGUGCCUACGAAAAUAAUGCACAGGGCCAGUUGAACAGCGGCGGAAUGGGACGCUUUCACAUCUUGUUCCUGUUUUUCAUUGCCAUUAUGUUUGCCAUUAGUUUGGUGAGUUUGUUUGGCUACCACAUCUACCUGGUGCUUGUCAACCGCACAACGUUGGAGUCGUUUCGUGCUCCCAUCUUUCGCGUUGGCGGCCCCGACAAGAAUGGCUAUAAUCUGGGACGAUUCGCCAAUUUCUGCGAGGUGUUCGGCGACGACUGGCAGUACUGGUUGCUGCCAGUCUUCUCCAGUCGCGGUGAUGGCUACAGCUUUCCAACAUCCAGUGACCAGAGUCGGGCAUCAGCCACCACCACAGCGGUUGCUUCGCCCGUCCAGCGGUACGAUGCCAUGGGGGAGACGGCGUCCAGCAGGUUAGAUGGCAACCCGACAGAUAAGUUAAUUGACGCUAUUCCCUUCGACUCCACUAACCACCAAAACCACCACCACCACCAAUCGACUCAUCAAGUAAGAAGCAACAGCGACCAGCAGCUGGACGAGCAACCGGAUCUGGCGGCAGGCGGCCGCAUCACAGCAGCAGCCAGGUCUAGUCAGGAGGGAGCCGUGUUCAUCGAAAUGGUCGGGGAUCAUGCCCGGACAGAAGCCGAACCUGUCAAGAACUCAACGCGCCCGCCCAACGGCGAUCUGCCAGUUUGAGUUUUGCUAAUUAAAUCCCCGUUUCCUUAGAAUGUAGAUGUACUAUAUAUCCGAGUAAACUGCCAGAGAUUUGAGAGCAUUGUGCAGUUUGUAGUAGGCCAAUAAGUGUUACCUCCAGAAGCGAUUCAUCAACUGUACAACUUGGGCUAUUUUUAAUGGCUGGGACCACAAAAACACACACACAAGCACCACUAUCGAUAGCCACAUUUGAGUAAGCUUAGCCGUAGGUUUUUUAUACAUAUGUAUUUAUAUUCAAGCAUUUACCGUUGUUUCAAUCAAUCGAAUUUUGUAAUUGAAAUUAAAUGAAGGCAAAUACUACUUGGCAAUAUGGGGAGAAAUCCGGUAGUUAAGAUGGUUAUCACGUUGAGAGAUUUGUAACUUGUUAAUUCAUUCAUUGAACACACACACACGAACCUUUGUAGCAAAGACCUUGUAAUAACAAGAUGGAUAACGCCCAUAUAUGUGAAACCUUUCUCGAUAUCAUAAAAUUUGCAAAUUUUUAGAGACUGAAUUUACUCAUCUUGUUAUUAUAAGGUCUUUACUUGUAGAUAUCUAACCAUCUCCAGAGCUUCUACUAUUUCAUAAGCUAGGAGAUUUUAGAACACAAAUCACACAAGAAACUUGAUCAUUUCUCAGUUUGCUUUUAAUUAAUUUGUAGUUUAGGUAGUUACUGUUUUUGCUAUUUGAUUUUUAUACCUUUUGAUAUGAUGUUUGAUUCUUUUGUAACCCUAAUUAUACCUAAAUACAUUAUAUAUAAAUAUAACUUUGAA